CAGGAGAGAGAGAGAGAGGGAGAGAGAGAGAGAGAGAGAGAGAGAGAGAGAGAGAGGUGGUUGGAAAAAAUGGCGGCGAAGCUCUGCGACUCGUGCAAGUCUGCGACGGCAGCGUUGUACUGCCGUCCGGACGCGGCGUUCAUGUGUCUGAACUGCGACUCGAAGGUCCACGCGCCGAACAAACUCGCGUCGCGUCACGCGCGUGUCUGGCUCUGCGAGGUGUGCGAGCAGGCUCCCGCGUACGUCACGUGCAAGGCCGACGCGGCCACGCUCUGCGUCACGUGCGACCGCGACAUCCACUCGGCGAACCCACUCGCUCGCCGCCACGAUCGCGUCCCCGUCAUGCCCUUCUACGACGCCGUAUCCGCCGCCGGAAAACCCACCGCCGCCGCAAUCAACUUCCUCGACGACUGCUACUUCUCCGACGGAGGCCGAGAGGAAGAGGAGGAGGCGGCGUCGUGGCUUUUGCCGAACCCGAAGACGGCAGCGACUGCGGCGGAGGAGGAUACGGGUCAGUAUCUGUUCUCGGAUUCGGAUCCGUAUCUGGAUCUGGAUUAUGGUUCGGUGGAUCCGAAGAUGGAGGCGGAGGAGCAGAAUAGCUCCGGUACCGAUGGCGUCGUUCCGAUGGAGAGCUCCAGAGUUCAUGUUCCGACGGUAAAUGAGAAUUGCUACGAGUUGGAUUUCUCCGGCGGCGGAUCUAAGGCCUAUGCUUACAGCUACGACUGUAUCAGCCAAAGCGUGUCAUCAACGUCGUUGGAAGUGGGAGUGGUACCCGACGGCGGUGCGACUGCAGACGCCACAAACGUGUUUGGCGGUGGAAACGCAGCUAACAGCGAUUCGGGAAGCCAGCGGCCGGUUCCGCUAUCUCCGGCCGAGAGAGAGGCGAGGGUUUUGAGGUACAGAGAGAAGAGGAAGAACAGGAAGUUCGAGAAGACGAUAAGGUAUGCGUCGAGGAAAGCCUACGCGGAGAUGAGACCUCGGAUCAAGGGGAGGUUCGCUAAGCGGUCUGAGGUCGAGACAGACGCAGAACGCUGCGUUUUCUACGGCGGUUUCAGCGUCGUGCCAACGUUCUAAGACUCCGGACGGACACGUGGCUUUGGUCGUUUUGGUGUUCACGUUGCAGUAACGUUGACUUAUGUUUUCUCUUUCCAUGUCGAUGGGUUUAGUAGGGUAAGUGGAUGGGAGAUUAAGGUGGUGUCAGUUUCAUAGUAAUUCGUAUUUGCAAUUUUGUAUAUACAUGUAUAUGUGUGUUUGUGUGUAUGUACUAUUUUGUAAUAAUGUUGAGGUUUUGCA